AUGAAUCUCGAGAGUAAUGAUAUUACUAAAUAUGAAAACUUUCUUGAGAAAGUUCUCCAAAAAGAUUUAAAACAAUUAAUAGAUAAGAGACAAGAAAUUCUUAUUAAAAUCAAUGAAAUACAAAGACUACGUAGGAAUAUUUCUUUAUUUUCUGCAAUGAAAUUAAGUGAAUUGAAUACAAGUAUUGACCUUGGUUGUGAUGUAUAUAUCCAAGCCAAUAUACCCGAUAUUACUAUGGUAUUUGUUGAGUUAGCUUUUGGAUUUUUUUUAGAGUUAAAAUUAGAUGAGAUACCAUAUAUUUUGGAUUUAAAAGAGGACUUGGAAUAUAUGAAACUUGAUAUUUUGAACGAUAAAAUUGCAACAAUAAAAGCAAGGAUUAAAGUCUUUUCUGAAGCGAUUUCAUUUUUAUCUUUUAAUUAG